GUGUGUCGGGAGAUGGCGGCGGCCGGCGCGGCUCCGGGCCCCGGGGACGAGCUGGUCUCGUCGGUGACGCUUUACCGGCGGCGGCCGCGGCUCCUCCACGGCACCGUGCUGCCCUUCGUGGCGGGGCUCUACCCGGCCUGGCUCUGGCUGUGGGGGCCACGCGUGUGGGCGGCGUGGGGCGGCGAGGAGGCAGCGGCGGCGGACGGCGAAGGCCCGAAGCCGGGCCCCGGCCCCGCGGCCCCCGAGGCUGCGUUGCUGGCGCUCGCCGCCAUCGGGGUGGUCCAUCUGCUGACGGCGCUGUCGGGGCUGUGGUCGGUGCACGCUCACUGCGCCCUCACCUGCGUCCGGGAACCUUGUCCUAAGAAAGCCACAUUAGCUAAAGUUGUGCCAACCCCAAAUAACGGCUCGGUGGAACUGGUGCCACUGCACAGAGACCAGGGUGAGGAUGGGCAGGAGGCUCUUUCCUUUGAAUUCCAAAAAAUCAAAUACUCCUAUGAGCUGGAUGGCAAGAAACAGUUUCUCCCUGUAGCUUUCCCUGUGGAACAUCCCCUUUGUUACUACCAGAAUGCCCGAGGUUAUCAGGAAGACAAAGAUAUCCGAGCAGCUGAGAAGAAAUAUGGUACAAACAAGGCUGAGAUGGUGGUGCCGGAGUUCUUGGAACUCUUUAAAGAAAGAGCUACAGCUCCCUUCUUCGUUUUCCAGGUGUUCUGUGUGGGGUUGUGGUGCCUGGAUGAGUACUGGUAUUACAGCGUGUUCACUCUCUCCAUGUUGGUUGCAUUUGAAGCUUCUCUGGUCCAGCAGCAGAUGAGGAACAUGUCAGAGAUACGAAAAAUGGGCAACAAGCCAUACAUGAUCCAGGUUUACAGGAACCGUAAGUGGCGCCCCAUUUCCAGUGAUGAGAUCAUCCCAGGGGAUAUUGUUUCUAUUGGGCGAUCUCCUCAUGAGAACCUGGUGCCGUGUGAUGUGCUGCUGCUCCGUGGAAGGUGCAUUGUAGAUGAAGCUAUGCUGACAGGAGAGUCCGUGCCACAGAUGAAGGAGCCUGUGGAGGAUCUCAGCCCCGAGCACAUCUUGGACAUGCAGACAGAUGCCCGCUUGCACAUCAUAUUUGGGGGAACCAAAGUGGUGCAACACAUUCCACCCCAGAAAGCCAGCACGGGACUGAAACCUGUGGAUAACGGGUGUGUGGCAUAUGCUCUGAGGACCGGCUUCAACACAUCUCAGGGGAAAUUGCUCCGUACAAUCCUCUUUGGGGUGAAGAGAGUGACAGCCAAUAACUUAGAGACCUUCAUUUUCAUCCUGUUCCUGCUGGUCUUUGCCAUUGCUGCUGCAGCAUACGUCUGGAUUGAAGGCACCAAGGAUCCCAGCAGGAACCGCUACAAGCUCUUCCUCGAGUGUACCUUAAUACUGACCUCAGUUGUUCCCCCUGAGCUUCCCAUUGAGCUCUCUCUGGCUGUCAACACCUCCCUCAUCGCCUUGGCCAAGCUCUACGUGUACUGCACGGAGCCCUUCCGCAUCCCCUUCGCAGGCAAAGUCCAAGUUUGCUGCUUUGACAAGACUGGCACUCUGACCAGUGAUCACCUUGUAGUGAGAGGGGUGGCUGGGCUCAGGGAUGGGAAGGAAGUGACACCAGUAUCUGACAUUCCUGUAGAAACCCACCGAGCCAUCGCCACUUGUCACUCGCUGGUGCAGCUGGAUGAUGGGACACUGGUGGGUGAUCCAUUGGAGAAGGCAAUGUUGAUGGCUGUGGACUGGACCCUGACCAAAGAUGAGAAAGUUUUCUCCAGGAGUAUUAAAACUCAGGGACUGAAAAUUCACCAGCGCUUUCAUUUUGCCAGUGCCCUGAAAAGAAUGUCUGUGCUGGCGUCCUACGAGAAGAUCGGCUCCACUGAGCUCUGUUACAUUGCAGCUGUGAAAGGGGCCCCUGAGACACUGCACAGAAUGUUGUCUCAGUGUCCAAGCAACUACCGUGCUGUCCACACGGAAAUCUCACAUGAGGGGGCAAGAGUGCUGGCCCUUGGCUACAAGGAACUGGGGCACCUCACUCACCAGCAGGUACGAGAGAUAAAGCGUGAAGCUCUGGAAUGUGAUCUGAGGUUUGUGGGAUUCAUUGUGGUUUCCUGUCCUCUCAAAGCUGACUCCAAAUCUGUCGUCAGGGAGAUCCAGAAUGCAUCACACCACGUAGUGAUGAUAACAGGAGACAACCCUCUCACUGCCUGCCACGUGGCCCGGGAGCUGCACUUCCUGCAGAAGGAGCACACCCUCAUCCUGCAGCCUCCUGUGAGCAAAGGCUCCAGCUGGCAGUGGCAGUCCAUUGAUGGUGCUGUCUUGCUCCCCAUCUUCCCAACAUCCUUGCAGGAGCUGACCCAGCAAUACGACCUGUGUGUAACUGGGGAAGGUCUCUCUCAUCUGCAGUCUGUGAACAGGCAGCAAUUGCUGAAGCUCAUCCCCCACAUCCAGGUGUUUGCCAGAGUGGUGCCAAAGCAGAAGGAGUUUGUAAUCACUACUCUGAAGAGCCUGGGCUACGUCACACUGAUGUGUGGGGAUGGCACCAAUGACGUCGGAGCUCUGAAACAUGCAGAUGUGGGAGUGGCCCUGCUGGGAAAUGCUCCCGAGAAGCUGCCCGAGCGGAGGAAGAGAGCUCGGGAUGGACCUGCUGAUGGGAAGGCUGCUCUGCCAUCCAUGGGCAGUGGGAUGGUGAAACCCACCUCCCGUGGGGCCAAGCACAGAGUCAUGUCCCAAAGAGAGGAGCAACUGGCCAUCCAGAGGGAGCGGAUCAGUCAGGUCCUGAAGGAUCUGGAAGAGGAGCGUGUGCCUGUCGUGAAGCUGGGUGACGCCAGCAUCGCAGCCCCCUUCACCUCCAAGCUCUCUUCCAUUCAAUGCAUCUGCCACGUGAUCAAGCAAGGUCGUUGCACGCUAGUGACAACCCUCCAAAUGUUCAAGAUCCUUGCCCUGAACGCCCUGAUCCUUGCUUACAGCCAGAGCGUCCUCUACUUGGAAGGGGUGAAGUUCAGUGACUUUCAGGCCACUCUGCAGGGUCUGCUGCUGGCUGGCUGCUUCCUUUUCAUCUCCAGGUCGAAGCCUUUGAAGACCCUGUCCAAGGAGCGCCCAUUGCCAAACAUCUUCAACCUCUACACGGUUCUGACAGUGCUGCUGCAGUUCCUGGUGCACUUCCUCAGCCUCGUGUACCUGUACCGCGGCGCCCAGGCCCGCAGUGACACCAAACAGGAGGAGUUUGUGGAUCUGUACAAGGAGUUUGAGCCCAGCCUGGUGAACAGCACUGUCUACAUCAUGUCCAUGGCGAUGCAGAUGGCCACCUUUGCUAUCAACUACAAGGGCCAUCCCUUCAUGGAGAGCCUCCGGGAGAACAAGCCUUUACUGUGGAGCAUCCUCCUGUCUGGACUCGCCAUCGUUGGUCUCCUCACGGGCUCUUCACCAGAAUUCAAUGAGCAGUUUGGCUUGGUCGAAAUCCCCACGGAGUUCAAGGUGGUGAUCACAGAAGUGCUGCUGGCCGACUUCUUCCUUGCUUUAGUAGUGGACCGAAUUCUUCAGUUUCUGUUGGGGAGUGCAAAGCUUAAAGUGCCUUCCUGAGCUGGACACCCAGAGCCUUGCGCCCAGCACCCAGGGGCCACCUUCCAUCACCCCGCAUCCUUUUGGACCGUAACUCUGAGCCCAUUCAGAGACUGGCGUGGGGGAAAGUUCCUGCCAAAGGCUGUGGAAAGCACCUCUGUGCCCCAGGAGCUGGCUUUUCCCUGGUUCAAGGCCCUCUCGGGAGGUUUUUACUGCCCUGACGUUUGAGGAACCGUUUACAGCAUUUGGUAACUAAAAAUGAGAAUCGAUGUAUUUUGAA